AUGGCAGUUCCCUUGCAUCCUAUCCUUUGGGCGUCCAUCGGCGUGGCGGCCGCACCGCUCGCCUUCUAUAUCGCUCUCAUAGCACUGGGCGUGAUCCCAUUCUUCCAGAGGCACUUUCUAUAUGCCCAUACCGUCAACUCGUUAUGGUGGUCGGAUAUCAACGCCCCAGUAGGCUGGGGCUUCGCCAAAAAUCAAGUAACACCGUUUGGAUUACAAACCUCUGAUGGAGAGACAAUCUAUGCUUGGCACAUUAUGCCGCUGCCUCUAUAUCUGCAACAUGAAACCACAGUGGCAACACAGGACCUGGGGUUCUGUAAAGACUUCACACAAACUGAAUCUUUUCGGCUUCUAGCAAACGAUCCAGAUAACGCCGGUCACAUUGCCCAAAAUGUUCGGCCAGCUAGUUAUCAUGCCCUGACUGAUACGUCAUCUUACCACGUUCUGGCCAUUGACUACCGCGGCUUCGGUCAUUCCACUGGCGCGCCCGACGAAAAGGGCCUGAUUCUAGAUGCCGCUGCGGUGGUCGACUGGGCAAUCAACGUGGCAAACAUUCCCCCGAAUCGGAUCGUUCUGCUCGGCCACAGCCUUGGAACCGCCGUUGUCAGUGGUGUCGCCGAACGGUAUGCCCUUCAGGGGGUUGAAUUUGCGGGUAUUGUGCUAGUUGCCGCCUUCAGCGACUUAGCCACGAUGCUGAGCGGCUAUCGUUUCGGAGGGCUCGUACCCGCCCUUGGGCCAUUCGCUAUCUAUCCCUCCAUCCAUCGUGUUCUCGACAGAGUCCUCGUGGACAAAUGGCACUCAGCCGACAGGCUCGUCAAUAUCGUCCGCCACACCAGGAAAAGAUUGAGAAUAAGCUUGGUGCAUGCAAAGAAUGAUAAGGAUAUCCCCUGGACGGAGGAUAACAAGCUAUUUCGCGCUGCCGCAAGCGAGACGAUUGGCACUCUAGAUGACGAUGAAUUCGACACUUGGAAAGAGUCUUGCACAGUUCGGACCAGCGAUGAUUCGUUUGUGACUACAUGGAAAACAGGCGAUGACAUUAUCAUUCGUCAAGAGCUAUUUCCCUACGGUGGACAUAAUGAAAUUCUGAGCUUUGCACCAGUCAGCUUGGCCAUUAUGAGGUCGUUUGACCUUGAAGGCACAGCCUACGAUUAA